AAUCCGAGUUGCCCACAAAAACUAUAUUUUCUUGGAUCAGCAAACGUUACUAAAACUUUUAUUUAAAUAAUAUCUUUAACAGUAACCCUUAUAUCCCUUACUUCGGUUUGUUUGUAAUUAGUGUAACUGAAUUUUGAGUUGCCAUUACAAUUAAAUAUACAUAAAUAAUUUGCUCAUCAAUGUACUCUUUGGUCCGUUCAACGUCAGUCGAUACACGUACAUACGAUGCAUCAGUGACAAGUUUUCUUUCCGCGGUAAACCGCAACUUUCUACAAGAAUUCACUUGGAAAUAACUUCACCAUUCCAGCUUCCGCUCGUUUACUGCAAAAUUGCUACUAACUGGAAGAAAUGACUGGUGGUGGGACCAACAUGGCGUACCACGGCCUCAGCCAGCACGUAAAUUUCGACGUGAUACCGGACCCCGGUGAUCGUUUCGUCUUGGAGGAAUUAAUCGGCGAAGGAACGUACGGAGAAGUUUAUUCCGCGCACUGCAAUGAAACCGACACCAAGGUUGCGAUCAAGAUACUGGAGAACGUCGCGGACAAUAUCGAAGAGAUCGAGGAGGAGUAUCUCGUGCUGAGAGAUUUGAGCCUUCACCCGAAUAUCCCCGUCUUCCACGGUCUGUUCCUGAAAAGAGCGAAGCCGGCUCAGGAAGAGGAUCAAUUAUGGUUUGUCAUGGAGUUAUGUACUGGAGGAUCGGUGACCGAUCUCGUGCAAGGUCUCAAGAAAAGAGGAAGACGUUUGGCGGACGAUCAGAUAUCUUACAUCCUCAGAGAAACAGUGGAAGCUUUAAUUUAUUUACAUACCAAUCACUGCAUGCACCGUGACGUCAAGGGGCAUAACAUUUUGCUGACCGAGGAUGCGCAUGUUAAGCUAGUUGAUUUCGGUGUGUCUUCGCAUCUCACUGCAACGCUUGCGAGGAAAAACACUUCGGUUGGUACGCCAUAUUGGAUGGCGCCUGAGGUAAUAGCCUGCGAACAACAGUUGGAUUCUUCCUACGAUUCUCGUUGCGACGUGUGGUCCGUCGGCGUCACAGCCAUCGAGUUAGCAGAAGGCGACCCGCCUCUGUCCGAAUUGCACCCGAUGCGAGCGUUAUUCCAGAUCCCGAGAAAUCCACCUCCAGCACUGAAGAACCCGGACAUUCAUGCGCCGGAGCUAGUGGACUUUAUUACGGAAUGUUUGGUGAAAGAUUUGGAGCACAGACCGUUCGCCAGCGAAUUGAGGGAGCAUCCUCUGCUGAUUAACAUCGAGACGCGCGUAGAGCAGAUCCGAAGCGAGCUUCAGGAGGAGAUUCGAAGACAAAGAACGGAGGGUCGCGUUCACAGGCAGCCGGAAGUGACGACCAAGCAUGGGAAAUUGAAGACUGAUCGAAAAACCAGGCCGGAGAAAAUGUACAUGGACGACCUGGCUGCGUUAGAUAUGUUAUCGGAAGAUGGGAUUGUGGAUCAAUUAGAGCACAGAUACGAACAGGGUCAAAUAUACACUUACAUCGGAGAUAUUCUCGUCGCGGUUAAUCCAUUUACAAACUUGGGACUGUAUACAGGAAUUGAACAAAAGCGGUACAAAGGUCAAGCCAGGUCCGACAAUCCGCCUCAUAUUUUCGCAGUCGCUGAUGCUGCGUACCAGGCUCUGUUACAUCAACGACAAAAUCAGGCGAUCGUAAUUAGCGGUGAAUCCGGGGCAGGAAAAACCGAGAGCGCGAAUCUGCUGUUGAAACAAUUGGUUUACCUGAGCAAAGCUCCUAAUCGUAAUUUAGAGGAGAGGAUUCUUCAGAUAAACCCAAUAAUGGAGGCUUUUGGUAACGCGACCACGGGAAUCAAUGCAAACUCCUCGAGGUUUGGGAAGUAUUUGGAUUUAACGAUGACGAAAGGUGGCAAAGUUACCGGUGCCAGAAUAUCUGUUUAUUUGUUAGAACAAUCUCGCGUAGUGGCCCAAGCCGAAGGCGAACGGAACUUCCAUAUAUUUUAUUAUAUGUACGAUGGUCUGGAGGCGGACAACCGUUUAUCGGAAUACUAUCUGGACACCAAUCUCCGAAAGCACCAUCGGUACCUCAUGGACAACAGUCAAACAUCCCAGACCCACAUCGAUAAAUUCCAGCAGUUGAAGAACGGAUUCAAAUUGCUCGGAUUCCAGGAUAGUGAAGUAGACACUGUCUACCGUAUUCUUGCCGCAGUGCUUCACCUCGGUGAUAUUGAAUUCGGUGAAGUUGCCAGCGAAGACAAUACCGACAAUAAGAGUCGUGUCAUUGAUACGGCACCCUUGCAGAGAGUUUCGCAAUUACUCGGUGUCGAGGAGAAUGAUCUUCUGGAAGCGCUGACGUCGAACUCGGUUAUGACCAGAGGAGAAACAAUCACGCGAAACAAUACGGUGGCUGAAGCCUGUGCAGCGAGAGACGCCAUGGCGAAAGGACUUUACGGUCGAUUGUUCGAUUGGAUGGUGAAUCAGAUAAAUUGUUUGCUGAGCUUCAAUCAUGCUCCGAAUUACGAGCCGCUGGCCAUCGGUCUCCUUGAUAUUUUCGGAUUCGAGAAUUUCCCAAGGAACUCCUUCGAGCAGCUGUGCAUCAACAUCGCCAACGAGCAGAUACAGUAUUACUUCAAUCAGCACAUUUUCACUUGGGAGCAACAGGAAUACAUGGCGGAAGGGAUACCAGUGGAUCUGGUUGAAUUCUCGGACAACAGACCUGUCCUCGAUAUGUUGCUGAGUAAACCUAUGGGGCUGUUGGCUCUCUUAGACGAGGAAAGUCGGUUCCCUAGAGCUACGAAUAAAUCCUUAAUCGAGAAAUUCCACAACAACAUCAAAUCGAAGUUCUACGUGCGACCGAAGUCGGACGCAGUUUGCUUCGCUGUUCACCACUUCGCAGGACGCGUGGUUUACCAAGCGGAAGGUUUUCUAGAAAAGAACAGAAACUUCCUGCCUCCUGAAGUCAUCCAACUGGUCAGGCAAUCUCAGUACGACAUGGUUCGCUUCUUGUUCCAAUGCCCGAUUACGAAGACCGGUAAUCUCUAUUCAGCGGUUCACGAGACUGAUUCAAGGAAGCUAUCGCCAUCGAAUCAGAAUACGAAGGAACGUUAUUCGAGUCGAGGAUUAGCCUCGCAAUCUAGAGCUCAGCAAACAGUUGCAACAUACUUCCGCUAUUCCCUUAUGGAUCUGCUGCAGAAAAUGGUAUCAGGGUCACCACAAUUUGUGCGCUGCAUAAAACCAAACGACUCGAGGAGCCCCCGAUUUUUCGAUAAGGAGAAAGUCGUGAAACAACUGAGGUACACCGGUGUGCUGGAGACGAUAAGAAUUAGACAGAACGGCUUUUCGCAUAGAAUACCGUUCGGCGAAUUCCUGAAGCGAUAUUGUUUCUUGGCGUUCGGUUACGAUGAACGAGUGAUAGCAAAUCGCGACAAUUGCCGACUUCUCCUCGUUCGUUUAAAGAUGGACGGAUGGGCGUUGGGAAGAACGAAGGUCUUCCUUAAAUAUUACCACGUUGAGUUCCUUUCUAAAAUGUACGAGGAGCAGCUCAAGAAAAUCAUCAUGGUCCAAGCGUGCGUGCGUCGAUGGUUGGCUAGGAUCAGGUUCAAGAAACAGAAAUGGCAGUUCGCCGUGUCGGUUGUCACACUGCAACGACAUAUUCGCGGGUGGCUGUCGCGAAAGCAUUAUUUGCAGGAUCUGAAGAAGAAGCGAGAGGAGGAAGAAGCAACUGUUCUACAAAAAGCGUUAGAAGAACAGGCGAAGAAGGCUGAAGCUAAAGAAACUGAAGGAGAAGAAGGAGAAGAAGAAGAAGGAGAGGAAGAAGGGGAAGUAGACGAAGGAGAAGAGGAAGAAACCGACGACAAAGAUGAUUUGAAGGAAGGUGAUGCUGCGGUUAUCAUUCAGAGUCAUUUCAGAGGAUUCACUAUUCGCAAACGUUUCGGUGUUGAACUUGAAGAACGUUUCAAGAGGAUCUUGAAUUACUAUGAUGAUAAAUUCGAAGCGCAUAAAGCGUUGCUGCGAGAAGGUUUGAAGAACGAAGAUGCUGCAUUUAUCGUCCAGCGAUGGUACAAGAAGAAGGAGAAGGUUAAAAAGCCGAAGUCACCUGUGAAAGACUUCGUGCAUCCCAAACUCCGGCAAGCUGAUCUCAUACAUUUCUCUCAGAAUGUCCACAUGAAGAAUCAGAAUGUGCAUAAGAACCUGCGCCGCAACAAACCAGGGGUCCGAUUAAACGACGUCGACGAACCACCCCCCGAUUACGUUCGACCGGAAGGAUUCAACAUGGUGCAACCGAUUCUGCAAUAUCGAAGUGGCAAUCAAGUGGAAGGAGAGGAUACCAUCAAGUAUUAUCAAGAUCUGAAGAACGAGAUGAGCAGUGGUUCGGACUUCGAAGACGACGAAGUUGGAUGGGACUUGCCGUUGAUACAGCUAGAAAAUGACCUUCACCCAUCAAGGAGUCGAAUGGGUCAGAUUCUGGAAGUGAACGUCGAGAGGAGAGAACGCCUGGCAGCUCAAGGCGACUACGCAAUAGCCCCGGAACAACAGCUGUCGGAUAUAUGGCACAAAGCUUUGACAAACCCCGAUUCGACGCAACAGCAGGACGCGAACCAAACCAAACUGAGUUCAAGGAUUAAUUACGUGCCUAACAACAUGCAGCCCCCGGAAGUCAGGCAACGUAAGCAACCUGGAGUCAACCCUUCGAAUAUCAACGAUUCACAUGGCUUACGAUCCAGAUUCAUUCACAGACAGAACGACGUAAACGAACGCCAGCAGCCCGUUAAUGGCCACCAUCGUGUUGUCAACGGAGGUGCCGUAAAGGGGCACCAGAACGAAGUUAACGGGCACUCGAGUUAUACGAGCAGUCAUCCAAAUUACGUUAAUGGCCAGGCGAAUAAGUAUCACAGUCCUGCGAACGGACACGAAACAUCGAUUAACGGCCAUUCGAAUUCCGUUAACGGCCAUUCACCGGCGAACGGCCACGCGCUUAAAGCGAACGGGUAUCCCUCUUACCUGAACGGAUAUCAAAACAUCAUCAACGGCUGUCAGAACGGUUUGUUUAUCAAUAAAAUGGUCGCGAACCAAUUAGACGGUCACAAACACGAAUCGAAGAGGCAGACCGUACUAGGCAACGGCGUUAAGAAUAACAUAAACGGUUGCAAGAAUGGCACAGGAAUCGCGAGUCGAAACGACGAUUCGGAGAAAAAACGACCGGUCGACGUGGAUAGUAAAAAUGGUAUAAAUCGAAAGGUUAUCGAUCAUAACGCAGUUAACGGUCGAUUAGGCGGUAAAAAGGAAAUAGGGAAAGACACGUUCGGCAUCCCGGUCAACCUUAGACAGCUUCUGAGGCCUACCGUCGUUAAUAAGCGUCAGGAAAUCAUUAAGGUCGAUUACGACUCGGAAGGUUUGAAUGGCCCGUAUAAUUUUAGGCAGCUGUUGAGGCCAGCUGAAUAUCUCCCCACUGAAUCCUUGAGGAAGAGGAAAGGCGGGCAAGCGUGCAACGGAGUUCCGGUAACGAAGGACAAGGUUCCUGAGAAACACGUGAAAAGAAGAGCACCAUUGGCGCCCAAUCAAAACAAACUGGUUAACGUGAAGAAGUAACGUUGCGCGAUGCCAGAACGUUCAUUAUUUCUUAGAUUAGACGAUGUACGUGCAGUUAAAUAAAAGAUUCCGCGAUGAUACGAGAAGUUGGCCAGCACAGUAAUUAAAGAUAUAUAGGGACAUAGUUCAGGAACUGAAAUUUAUCUUUGUUUAUCGAUUGUUUUGGUACUUUAGACAUUUCUCGGUGACUCAAUGCUUCUUGAGAGUUACGUAAGUUUUGAUUAUUGCAGGUCACUGUACCGAUUACUUAAAAACGUAUUGUCGUUAGAGAAACUUUAUGUAUUUCUGUAAGAUUCAAUUGAGUCCGUUAAUUCAAGGGAUUUUAUAUAUUUUCUAGAGAGUUGUAUGAUUUUAAUUUCCUGAAUUGUCUGAACAUCUUGUAUGUGGAAGCAGCAUUAUUUCUAUUUAUACGUGGAACUUUUUUCGAUAGAUGUGCAAUUAAAUAGCGUAUUUUUAUUUGUAAAUAAAUUCUUGUAUUUUUAAGUUUGUCUUCAUUAUUUGUCAUUUAUUUAUUUGAUCGAAAAAUAUCGUAUUGUUAUUUACGUUGUUGUAACUGAGAAAAAUUAUUCAUUGUGUGAUUCUAUCUUGGUAAUUGAUUGCUGCUUCCUCUUAAUACGUAUUUUAAUGCUAAAUCUUAUUUAGAACUAGUCAUGUGUAGCUUUACAAAAAAACUUAGAUGUGUUCGAUAGCGUUAAAAAAAACUUUAUUCUCCGAAGCUUCGAUGAUUUUACUGUGUGUUAUGACAUUUCCAUGUAAGACAAAUUGAACUUCUAAUUUAAGAUGAAUAUAAUUGAUUGUUCAUUAUUGUUCCAUCUCGAUUAAUUUUGACAAAACAUUUCGAUCAGUAGGAAUUACCGAAUGUUUGUUAAAACUUUAUGAUUGUAUAUAAAAUUCUCAUAGGAACAGCAAUAAUAAUAUAUUAAAUCUAUAUUAUGCUUUAGUCCAUAAAGUUUGUUUUACCAUUUAUUCCAGUAUCUAGAUCGUAAUUAAGAAUGUUCUCGAAAGUUAUUUUCAUUAAAAUCAUGAACAAUAGAAAAUUCGUCAAUGUUAUCAAUGUAUCAUUUAUACGAAAGGAUUAUGAUUGCAAUAGUGCCUGAAGUAGAGUGUCAAAACCACUCUAAUGAUAUUUAAAAAAUGUCACUUUAACCUUUAUAUAAAUAUUAAAAAAUACCUAUAAAGGGAGCCCACAUCCCAGCUCCAUCCUCCUAAUCGAAAAGUUUAGAACUUUAUAACCUAUCCUUUUACACUACUGACGCAAUUUCCAUCAAAUUUGGUCGGAGUAAUCUACUAAUAGUGCUAAAUAAA